UCAUGCGCAGAAGAGCGGCACCCUCGCGCCGAGGGGCUCGCGUACAGACAUGGCGGCAGCCGAGGGCGGAGGCGAUGCGGCUGCCGGAGGAGCGCGGCCGGACACGGCGGUGCAGCGCGCCGAGCUGGGGCCGCUGCUGGCCACGGCCCUCAGGCCGGGAGAGGCAUGGUACCUGGUGGACAGCCGGUGGUUCAAGCAGUGGAAGAAGUAUGUGGGCUUUGACAGCUGGGACAUGUUUGGUGCUGGCGAUCCCAGCCUCUACCCUGGCCCCGUUGACAACACUGGGCUCUUUGAUGAUUCAGAAACUCAGAGUUUAAAAGAGCACCUCAUUGAUGAGCUGGAUUACGUGUUGGUUCCCACUGAAGCCUGGAAUAAACUAGUAGCGUGGUAUGGCUGCUUAGAUGGGCAGCAGCCUAUUGUGAGAAAAGUAGUGGAAUAUGGUCUGUUUGUGAAGCACUAUAAGGUUGAAGUUUAUCUUCUUGAGCUGAAGCUGUGUGAGAGCAGUGAUCCUGACAAUGCGAUUAGCUGCCACUUCAGCAAAGCAGAUACUGUUGCUACCAUUGAGAAAGAAAUGAGAAAGCUGUUUAAUAUCCCAGCUGAGAAGGAAACUAGGUUAUGGAACAGGUAUACAACUAACACUUACGAGCAACUCAGCAAGCUGGAUAGCACUGUACAAGAUGCGGGGCUCUAUCAGGGCCAGGUUGUGCUAAUAGAAGUGAAAAAUGAAGAUGGCACAUGGCCUGGACAGCAUUUCCUGGCAAAAUCAAGCACUGCAACUAGCAGAAACUUUACUACCUCUUCAAAAUCAUCAGCAAGUUCUUAUUCCUCAGUGUCUGCCACUUCUGUCAUUACUAACGGUGAUAGCAGUAACUCCUAUGGACUGAACAACUCCCACCUGGGCAGGGGAGGUUCUGGAUUCGCCUGUAACUCUUACAACUGCAGGGACAGUGCUCCCCUGUCGCAACCUGGACUCUGUGGACUCAGUAACCUUGGAAAUACCUGCUUCAUGAAUUCUGCAUUACAGUGUCUGAGCAAUACCCCUCCGCUGACUGACUAUUUCCUGGAAGAUAAAUAUGAAGCUGAAAUAAACCAGAACAAUCCACUGGGGAUGAGAGGAGAAAUUGCAGAAGCCUAUGCAGACCUCAUUAAACAGAUGUGGUCUGGGAGACAGUCUCAUGUGGUCCCACGUAUGUUUAAAACACAGGUUGGCCGAUUUGCUCCUCAGUUUUCAGGAUACCAGCAGCAAGAUUCGCAGGAGCUCUUGGCUUUUCUUCUAGAUGGCUUGCAUGAGGAUUUGAACAGAGUGAAGAAGAAGCCCUACUUGGAGCUGAAGGAUGCCAAUGGCAGACCUGAUUCGGAGGUGGCAAAGGAGGCCUGGGAGAAUCACAGACUGAGGAAUGAUUCCAUCAUUGUGGAUAUUUUUCACGGUCUUUUCAAAUCCACCCUUGUUUGUCCCAAAUGCUCCAAGGUUUCGGUGACCUUUGAUCCCUUCUGUUACUUAACGCUUCCACUGCCCUUGAGGAGAGAUCGUCUCAUGGAAGUUACCCUGGUACACGCAGACCCACAGCGCAGACCUGUCCAGUACCGGGUUGUGGUGCCGAUGAUGGGGGCCAUCUCGGAUCUUUGUGAAUCACUCUCCAAACUGUCUGGUGUUCCUGCAGAAAAUAUGGUGGUGACAGACGUGUAUAAUCAUCGAUUCCACAAAAUCUUCCAAAUGGAUGAAGGUUUAAAUCAUAUCAUGCCAAAAGACGACAUCUUUGUAUAUGAGGUUUGCAAGCCAAGUGAAGAUGGCUCGGAGUGUGUUACUCUCUCUGUUUACUUUCGGGAAAAGACAAUGAGGCAAUCCAGCAGUACUUCAGGGACUGUACUCUUUGGUCAGCCACUAUUAAUAUCUGUGCCGAAACACAAGCUCACUGUGGAUCACUUGUACAGUGUGGUUUUGGAGCAGAUCAGCCGCUAUGUGAAACUCCCUUUGGCGCAAGAAUACUGUGCCCCCUGCCCAGACAAAGGAAACUGCAAUGGCUCCAACGGUGUGUUUGAAGGUGACAUUGAAGAGAUGGAGCAUCAGGAUGGUGGACAGGAAGGCAAGGAGAAGAUGGUGGAAGCUGAUGCCUGCCACUCUGAGGGCUGUAUGCAGAUCGAGUCAGCAAGAGACCUGCAGCCUUGCAAGAAGCAGUAUUUCACAUUUAGCCUUGUGAAUUCCUCUGGAACCUCUGAGAUAAACUCCAUUGUAGAAGGAAAAAUCUUAAAACUAAAUGCUUUUUCUGCAGUUGCUAUUGACUGGGAUUCUGACACACGAAGGCUACUUUUUGAUGAGCAGGAGGCACAGGCUUUUGAAAAACAUGGCAGUAUGUUACAGCCUCAGAAGAAGAAAGCUGUGGUAGCCCUCAGAGACUGCAUAGAGCUCUUCACUACUAUGGAAACCCUCGGUGAACAUGACCCAUGGUACUGCCCUAACUGUAAGAAACACCAACAGGCCACAAAGAAGUUUGACUUGUGGUCGUUGCCAAGGAUUUUGGUAGUGCAUUUAAAACGCUUCUCCUACAGCAGAUACUGGAGGGAUAAACUUGACACUGUUGUGGAAUUCCCUAUCAGGGGCUUAAACAUGUCCGAGUUUGUCUGCGACCCAAAAGCUGGCUCAUAUGUGUAUGACCUCAUUGCAGUUUCCAAUCACUAUGGAGCCAUGGGAGUUGGCCACUACACUGCCUACGCAAAGAACAAGGUGAAUGACAAGUGGUACUACUUCGAUGACAGCAGUGUGUCGGUGGCUUCGGAAGACCAAAUAGUGACAAAAGCUGCGUAUGUGCUGUUUUAUCAGCGCCGAAACAGUGAGGAACAUGCUGCCUCGUCUCCUCCCCAGGAAGAGUGUGACGGCAUGGAUACCAACUAAAGAUCACCUCCAGCACUCGGCCAUCACGCCAAUGGUUGCUCUUCUAAAGCCAUGCCUGAGGCGCCUGAAAAUUUUUCUUCCUUCUGUAGAGUCAAGCAGAAUAUCUGGCACUGAAAGAUUCAGUGCUGGGGGUUGCAGAAUAGCACAGGAGAGCCAGGAAUAGGUGCUGACCCUUGGGUUUUUAGAGGCCAAAAAUAAUAUAUUGGAGCUUCAAUAAAGUUCUUUUUAAAAUCUGGCGGAGCUGUGUGGCGAGAGGCAGGGGUCUGGGCUGAGCAGGGGGAUUAAAUCUGGGAUUGGGAGAGGACAGCCUGAGUUGAAGGCCAGGUCAUAGCGGAGCCUCCUGGAGGAGUAUGGUGGGUAUGGUUCACAGGUGUUGGGGCUGCCUGACAGCCCUC